AUGAGCUCCGCGAUUCUGGCGGUGACGCAGAUGAAGGUUCGUGACAAUCGAGACAUGCACCUCUACCCUCGCGGGAAAAAGCGUUUUACGCCCUUAGGCAUUUUGUUCUUCUCUGCCUUCGCAGUGUCCACAAUGAUCGGCCUUCUCAUCGAGAAUUUGGAGAAGCUCUUCGGGUCCUCCGACGAGGAGGAGCGGCGGGAUCUGCUUAGAAGAGUCUUCGAGGAGCAGCCAAGGUUGCGGGGCGGCCUGGCGGAUGACCAGCUGGAGAAGCUCAUCUCCAGCUAUGGCGAAGAGGAGUCUGGAGGCAUGGAGGGGCCAUUGGUAUGCCUCCUUCUCGCCUGCAUCAUCAUCAAGAGUGGCCUUUUGGCCUUCUGCCUCUAUGCAGCCAGGCGGGGCGAGUCGGAGAUCGCGCGGACCGUGGCCAUGGAUCACCGGAACGACGCGUCUCGGACCGAGAACGACGAGAUCAUCUUGGGGAACUCCUUGGUGCUGCUCGUUGUGGGUGGAAGCGUUUGGUGCCAAAACAGAAACAAAGGCGGCGAAUGGCUGGAAAAGGUAGAUCCCGCGUCGUCCUUGCUCUUGGCCCUCUACGUCCUCACCUGUUGGCUCCAAACCGCCGCCGAGCAGCUUCGAGUCCUCAGUGACCGUCGUGCCUUUCCGAGCGGUUGGGGGGCGGUGGCGGCUUGGACCGCGUGGGGGGCUGAGCGGCGGUUUUGGGGCUUAUGGGAGAACACUUGGGGGUUAGGUGAGUUAGCUGUUUUGUUUUUUACUUUCCCUAAGAUUUUGUUCAUGUCCAGUUACAUACUGUUUUGUGUUUUUACUUUCCCUAAGAAUCUGGGCCCUCAAACAAUUGGGGUUUGA